GCUGAAGUUAAGGAGCCGUAGAGCGCAGCUGCCUGGACAGCUCUAUUAUUGCUGCUAGCGCCUAGUUUCUCUUUCUUGGUUGAAAAGCGUCGCGCGCUCCCUGAGCCCGAGGGGUUGGAGAAGCGGACGCCGGAGAGAGAGAGAGAGACAUGGGAACCGGGAGCUCUACGGAACCGCGGAGCCCGCAGGAUGAGACCACCGCAGCGGGAGAUUCCCAGCCCGGGAGUCCUGGAGGACGGACGCCAACGGAAGCCGUGGCCGAAGCCGAGGAGCCGGAGGACUCCUCCAAGAUUUUACAUAAAAAUGGACAGAUAUCCAGCAUUAGUGAAAUUACCAAAGAGCAUGUGGAGCUCAGCCACGAACCAGAAGUGCUGAAAGAACAGCAGGCAGUUCUUACAUUAGAAGUUGGUGAAACAAAAGCGGCAAAUUUAAUUCUGGAAGAGGAAUCUCCUGAAAAUAUCAAGACCAGCCCACCAGAAUUAAAUGACAAGUCAAAUGAAGAUGAGACCCAGAAAGACCCAGAAGAUGCUAAUAAACAGCUGGAAUCAGAAGAAAAAGAAGAUCAGCCUAGUGUAUCUCCAUCAAAUGAUGUUGGAUUUAAAAAGGUUUUUAAAUUAGUUGGAUUCAAAUUUACAGUUAAAAAGGAUAAAACAGAGAAAGCUGAACCUGUUGAGCUAUUAGAUGUAAAGCCAGAGGUCGCAGAAGGGUCUCGUGAUGUAGCUGAAGACUAUAAACAAUUCAAGACAGAGACAGUGGCAGAAGCCACACAAAGUGAAAUCACUGCCUCUGUAGGCAAGACUGAGGAAGAAACUCAAGUUGAGGAGAUGGAACGAGAAACCUCAUCUGAGAAAGUAACAGAAAGCCCUGUUGAAGCAGAAAGCAAAGAGGCAGAAAUUAAAAACAAUGGGAUUAAAUCUCCAGAGUCUCCGGUAAGCCCAUCAACUGCUGAAACUGCAUCACCUCUAAGAAAGUUUUUUACUCAGAGUUGGGCUGGGUUUAGAAAAAGGACAAGCUUCAGAAAAUCUAAAGAAGAAGUGCAAUCUGAGAAAGAAAAACAAGAACAGGAAAUGGAGAAAGAAGUGACAGAAGUAAUAAUUGCUGAAGAAGAAUUAGAAAAAGAAAAACAGACACCAGAAAAAGAUGAGUCAGAAGUUUCUUUCCAAACCAGUGAUGAAAAAAUGGAAAGUGAGAAAGAGAGAAAAGAAGAAACAAAAAUGGUCAAAGUUCCAGCAGAAACUGAUCUGAAAGAAACUGCCACUCCCAGGGAGCAACCAUCACCAGAAGAACUGGCUGAAAAUAUAAAUAAAGACAUUUCUUUUGAAGCCAGUGAUGAAAAAAUGGAAGGUGAGAAAGAAAGGGAAGAAGAAAUAAAAAUGGUCAAAGUUUCAACAGAAACUGAUCUGAAAGAAACUGGCACUCCCAGUGAGCAGCCAUCAGCAGAAGAACUGGCUGAAAAUAUAAAUAAAGACAUUUCUUUUGAAGCCAGUGAUGAAAAAAUGGAAGGCGAGAAAGAGAGGAAAGUCUUAUCAGAAACUGAUCUGAAAGAAACUGGCACUCCCAGGGAGCAACCACCAGCAGAAGAACUGGCUGAAAAUAUAAAAGAAAUGGAUAUAAUCUUGGAAGGGGAGACUGACUUGGAGUCCAAGGAAAAAUUGGAACGAGUACAAAAAAGUCUAAUGGGCAUAGAGCAAAGUAUUGUUGCAUUGCAUGAAUCAAAAACAGAACUUUUAAAUAAAGUAUUUGAAGACGAAAUAAACCAAUUGGAUUCACUGUCUCCAGUAGCAAUAGAAAAGCCUGAGGAACCUUUUGAAAUAAUAGAAGAAAAAUCAGAACCAAGGGCUCCUCUGGCCACAGAGGUUUUUGAUGAAAAACCUAGAGAGAUCAAUAUUGGUGUUAGAGCUGUUGUGACAGAAGAAAAAAUCCAAAUAACUAAAAAAGAACAAGUAGUUCUUGAACAAUUAGUGGAAACAAAUGAUGACUUUCAGAAAGAACAGCCCACCGUUGAACAGUUAAAAGUCACAGAAACAGUUCUUGAAAUAGCGAAGGAACACUUCAUCCAAACCGACCCAAGCAGUCUUGAUGCUGCAGCAGGCAAACUCCCAGAAGGCAUAAUAACAAGUGAGGCAGAAUUGUUGUCAUCUCAAGAAAAAGCCAAGAUGCAAGGCAGCCCUUUAAAGAAACUUUUUACGGGUCCUGGCUUAAAGAAAAUGUCAAGAAAGAAACGCAAAGGAAAGAAAGAAGCUAAACCAGAGGAAGCAGCAGAAGAAGCACAGCAGUUGUCUGAUACUGCAGAAAGUCCAGAUGACCCAAGGGGAGAGAGUUCUGCUUCUUCUCCUGAAGAAAUAACAGAAUCCAUAGAAAAGGCCCCUGAUGCUGCACAGAUUCCUGAAGCUGAAGAAGGGUUUCCUUUAGAUGCAGAGAAGAAAAGAGAAAGUGUUACACCUUGGGCAUCUUUUAAAAAAAUGGUGACUCCAAAGAAACGGGUUAGGAGACUUUCUGAAGGUGACAGAGAAGAAGAACUUGAUAAGACAACCGAAAGUGGACCUAAUGAUGAACAGGAAGAUACUAAAGAAAAUGGUGAGGAACAAAAAAUAGAAAAAAGUGCAGAUGAGCCCAAGAAAAAAGUUGAUACUUCUGUAUCAUGGGAAGCUUUAAUCUGUGUAGGCUCAUCAAAGAGAAGAAGCAGAAAAUCUUCAUCUUCUGAUGAAGAAACUGGACAAAGAUUUGCUCAAGAUGAACAAAAAUUAGACGAGAGUGCACCAAAUAAAGAAGCAGUACAUGAUACCAUCUUUACUAACUCACAUGAAAGUGAUCAAGGACAAGGAAGUUCUUCACCAGAACAAGCAGGAAGCCCAUCUGAAACAGAGGGAAUUUCAACAUGGGAAUCUUUUAAAAGACUAGUAACUCCAAGAAGAAAAUCGAAAACAAGGAUGGAAGAGAAAAAUGAUGAACCCAUCACAGUUCCAAGUUUAGAACAUGCUGCUACCUUAGAUGGGGAUACCGGAAAAGAAGAAUCCUGGGUUUCAUUUAAAAAAUUAAUGCCUGGUCGUAGGAAGAAAAAGUCUGAUGGAAUACCAGAGCAUGCUCCUGUUCUAGAAGCUGGAGAAGAAAUGACAGGAACGAAUGAGGAGGACUUUGAUGUUCCAGCUGUGGUUCCUUUAUCAGAGUAUGAUGCUGCUGAGCAAGAGAAAUUUGAAGCUCAAAAAUCAGAGCAAGAUGAUAUGGAUAAGGAAAUUCCAAGUCAAAAUAUAGAAAAGUCAGAAAGUACAUCAGUAACUCAGCAGGUCAUUGAAGGAUUAGUUCAUGCAGUUGCUGUCUCAGUGCUAGAAGGUGAGAGAGCAAUUAUAAGUAUUGAAGAAAGAUCACCAUCUUGGAUACCAGCUGCUGUGACUGUGUCCACUGAACAUGUGAAUGAUGAUGAGGAACAGUCUGAGCAGCUUUCUGGAACUGGAAUUGUUGAAGAAACAGUAGUGGUUACUAAACUUGGGCCACAAAUGAGAAAGGAUAUUAGUGGUGAUAGUAUAAUCGGGGACCUGGAGUUAACCUCAGAAGCAGUUACAGCUAGGGAAGAAGCUUCAGUCAUUGAAGAGACAACUGAAAUAUCUUGUGCUAAAGAAACAACUGAAAUGUCUUGUGCUGAAGAGACAACUGAAAUGAUUUCGGCAGUUUCAAGGCUAACUGAGUCUCCUGAUACUACAGAAAUAGCUACACCAGUGCAAGAGAUCGAGGAAAAUGAGCAAGACCUGGAAGAAUUAAAUAAACAAACACAGGAAAUGUUGCAAAGUGUUGCUGAAAGAAUUAAAUUGCCUGAUGAAAAGGGGAUUAGUGUGAGUCUGACAGAAGUAACCGUUCAGCCAUUGUCAGCUAAAGAAGAAACUGAGCAAAAGCUGAUGACUUCAGAAGGAAUCCCCUCUACUGAAUUUCCAAAAGAUGUUCAACAUGAAACAAUUGAGUCUCGGGUUUGCGAAAUUGUGCAGAUAAUAAUCCAAAAUGCACUUGCCCAAUUUCCGCAAAGGUCCAUGGUUCUUUCAAAGCAGAACAGUGAAACUGCAAUUCUGUAUCCUGAUUCUGAUAAACAGGCAUUUUCUGAGAAAAUAAAUUCAGUGCUAGAAGAAUUAGCAGGAAGAUGUACCAGAGAAGGCGCACCUGGAUCCCCUCCAGAAAUGGAGCUGCCAAUAUCUUCUGCUGAAGAAGAAACUGAGGAAAAGGUGAUGAUGGCUUCGGAAAGAAUCCCCUCUACUGAAUUUCCAAAAGAGCUUCAGCCUGAAACAAUGUCCCAGGCUUACAAAAUUGUGCAGAUAAUAAUCCAGAAGGCAGUUGCUCAGUUAAAGCAGAGGAGUGAAAUUGCAGUUCUGUGUCCUGAUCUGGACACAAUGGCAUUUUCAGAGAAAAUAGAUACAAUGCUAGAAGAAUCAGCAGGAAUAGGCACCAGAGAUGCACUCCAAAUGGGUGCAUCUGGAUCUUCUCCAGAAAUGGAGCUGCCAAAAUCUUCAUCUGAGGUAAUUGCUUCAGAAGGAAUUCCCUCUACUGACUUUCCAAGAAAUGUUCAGCCUGAAACAAUAGAGUUUCAGGCUUACAAAAUUGCACAAAUAAUAAUUGAGAAUGCAGUCGCUCAGUUUCAACAAGAAUCCAUGGCUCUUUUAAAGAGUGAAACUGCAGUUUUGUAUCUUGAUCAUGAUAAGGUGGCAUUUUCUGAGAAAACAGAUUCAAUACUAGAAGAAUCAGUAGGAAGAUACACCAGAGAAGGUGUACUCCAGAUGGGUACAUCUGGAUCCCCUUCAGAAAUGGAACUGCCACCAUCUUCAUUGGAAGAAGAAACUGAGGAAAGAAUCUCCUCUACUGACUUUCCAAGAGAUGUUCAGCCUGAAACAAUAGAGUUUCAGGCUUUCAAAAUUGCACAGAUAAUAAUCCAGAAUGCAGUUGCUCAAUUUCAACAAGAGUCCAUGGUUCUUUCAAAGCAGAAGAGUGAAACUGCAGUUCUGUAUCCUGAUCCUGAUGAAGUGGCAUUUUCAGAGAAAAUAGACUCAAUGCUAGAAGAAUCACCAGGGAAAUGGACCAGAGAAGGUAUAAUCCAGACACGAUCCCCUCCAGAAAUGGAGUUGCCAACAUCUUCACCUGUUGAAGAAACUGAGCAAAAAGUGAUAACUUCAGAAGGAAUCUCCUCUACUGAAUUUCCAAAAGAUGUUCAGCCUGAAAUAAUUGAAUCUCAGAGUUUAAAAAGUGCACAGGAAGCUAGUACAGUUGUUCAAUUUCAACAAGAGCCAAUGGCUCUUUCAAAGGAGAAGAGUGAAACUGUGGUUCUGUAUCCUGAUGGAGUGGCAUUUUCAGAAAAAAUAGAUUCAGUGCUAGAAGAAUCACCAGAGAAAUGCACCAGAGAUACUGUUCUCCAGAUGAGUACAUCUGGAUCGCCUCCAGAAAUUGAGCUGCCAAAAUCUUCAUCAGAAGUAGAAACUGAGGAAAAGGUGGUGAUGACUUCAGAAGGAAUACCCUGUACUGAAUUUUCAGAAGAAUCAGCAGAAAAAUGCACCAGAGAAGUUGCAUUCCAGAUGGGUACAUCUGGAUCCUCUCCAGAAAUGGAUCUGCCAACAUCUUCAGCUCAGGAAGAAGCUGAGCAAAAGGUGAUGACUUCAGAAGGAGUCUCAACAUCUACUGACUUUCCAAAAGUUGUUCUGCCUGAAACCACAGAGUCUCAGGCUUACAAAAUUGUGCAGAUAAUAAUCCAAUAUGCAGUUGCCCAAUUUCAACAUGACUCCAUGGCUCUUUCAAAACAGAAAAGAGAAACUGCCAUUCUGUAUCCUGAUCCUGAUAAAGUGGCGUUUUCAGAGAAAAUGGGUUCAGUGCUAGAAGAAUCAGCAGGAAGACGCACCAGGGAAAACGUACUCCAGAUAGGUUCAUCUAGUUUAGAUACAAAAAUGGAGUUGCCAAUAUCUUCAGCUGAUAAAGAAACUGAGGAAAAUGUGAUGAUUUCAGAAGGAAUCCCCUCUACUGAAUUUCCAGAAGAGGUUCAACCUGAAACCACAGAGUCUCAGGCUUAUAAAAUUGCACAGAAAAUAAUCCAGAAUGCAGUUGCUCAAGUUCAACAAGAGUCCAUGGCUCUUUCAAAGCAGAAGAGUGAAACUGCAGUUUUAUAUCCUGAUCAUGAUGCAGGGACGUUUUCAGAGAAAAUAGAUUCAGCGCUAGAAGAAUCAUCAAGGAAAUGCACCAGGGAAGAUGCACUCCAGACAAAUGCACCUGGAUCCCCUCCAGAAAUGGAACUGCCAAUAUCUUCAGCUGAUGAAGAAACUGAGGAAAAAGUGAUGAUGGCUUCAGAAAGAAUCCCCUCUACUGAAUUUCCAAAAAGUGUUCAGUCUGAAGCAAUAGAAUCCCAGGCUUACAAAAUUGUGCAGAUAAUAAUCCAGAAUGCAGUUGCUCAAUUUCAACAAGAGUCCAUGGCUAUCUCAAAGCAGAAGAGUGUAGUUAUAUACCCUGAUCCUGAUCCAGUGGCAUUUUCAGAACAAAUAGAGUCAAUGCUAAAAGAAGCAUCAGGAAGAUGCACCAGAGAAAGUGUGCUCCAAACAAGUACCUCUGGAUCCCCUUCAGAAAUGGAGGUGCUAACAUCUUCAGCUGAUAAAGAAACUGAGGAAGAGGUGAUGACUUCAAAAAGAAUUCCCUUCACUGAAUUUCAGAAAGAUGUUCUGCCUGAAACAAUAGAAUCUCGGGCUUAUAAACUUGUGCAGAUAAUAAUCCAGAAUGCAGUUGCUCAGUUUAAACAAGAGUCCAGGACUCUUUCAAAGCAGAAAAGUGAAGCUGCACUUCUGUAUCCUGAUGCAGAUAAAACGGCAUUUCCAGAGAAAAUAGAUUUAGUGCUAGAAGAAUCAGCAGGGAAAUGUACCAGGGAAAGUCCACUCCAGACAGAUGCAUCUGGAUCCGCUCUAGAAAUGGAGCUGCCAAAAUUUUCAUCAGAAGAAACUGAGGAAAAGGUGAUGCCUUCAGAAAGCAUCCCCUCUACUGAAUUUCCAGCAGAAACAGAAGGAAGAUGCACAACAGAAGGUGCACUCCAGAUAGGUGCAUCUGGAUCCCCUCCAGAAAUGGAGCUGCCAAAAUCUUUAUCUGAAGAAGAAACUGAGGAAAAGCCGAUGAUUUCAGAAUGCAUCUCCUCUACUGAAUUUUCAGAAGAAUCAGCAGGAAGAUGUACCAGAGAAGAUGCAUUCCAGACAUGUGCAUCUGGAUCUCCUCCAGAAAUGGAGCUGCCAAAAUAUUCCUCCGAAGAAGAAACUGAGGGAAAGGUGAUGCCAAAAUCUUCAUCAGAAGUAGAAACUGAGGAAAAGGUGAUGAUGACUUCAGAAGAAAUACCCUCUUGUGAAUUUGCAGAAGAAUUAGCAGAAAGAUGCACCAGAGAACAUUCACAAACGAGUACAUCUCAAUCACCUCCAGAAAUGGAGCUUCUAACAUCUUCAUCUCAGGAAGAAGCUGAGCAAAAGGUGAUGACUUCAGAACAAGUCCUGACCUCUACUGAAUUUCCAAAAUAUGUUCAGACUGAAACAAUAGAGUCUCAGAGUUACAAAAUUGUGCAGAAAAUUAGUGCAGUUGCUCAAUUUCAACAAUCAGAAGAGGCUAUUUCUCCUUUAAAGCAGAAGAGUGAACUGUGUCUAAUGGAUUUAAAUGAAUGUGGAAUUCAGGAAGUUUUACAAGUUGAUCACCAAGUGUCUCUGGCAGAAGAGAAAAAUCAUGAAAUUCAGCCAGCAACUGUAAAUGCAGAGACAGAAGACGCCAUUGAAGUAGCAAAAGAAAUGCCUUCAUAUUCUAUAGUUUCUGAAGAUAGAGAAAACUGGAAUUCCAGAAAGACAGACACUGAUCUUGAAACUGUGAAAGAGAUUUUAAAUGAAACAGAAAGUAAGACAUACAAUUCAAAGCCUCAAUUAAAAGCGGAUGUAGUUGUUUCAACAGAGACUCAAAACAUCAUGCUAGGAAAUAUUGUCUCAGCAGAUCAUCCAGUAGGAUCUCUUGAAACAGAACAAUCAACCAUAAAAGAUUUAGAAGUUGGGCUUAUAGAUGAAAACCAAGAAAAGUUAAUAGAACAUCAGACUCAGAGGAAGAGAAAAGAAGAUUACAGUCAAUCAACAGAAUUUCCUGAGAUGCCUAAAGAGGAAGACCCCAUAUCUGAUGACAGUCCUCAACUUCAGACAAAACUCAGAAAAUUCUGAGGUUUUAUUUCUGUUGAAGACUGCUUCUUACAUUUGGAGGGACCAGUACCCAAAGAAGGUAGCAGAAAAGGAUGGAUUCUGCUUAAACUGGCUGAAGACCAAUGAUUUAGCUGUGAGAACAUGUCCGUGCUUUCAGAUGUUUUUCUGAGGAAGUCAUCUGACAAUCCUGAGCUACCAUCAGGAGCUUGAGCCACCUCCUUUAGUUUUGAUUGUGAAUACUUUCACAAUAUUCUUUUAUCUUUAUUUUUGUUGUUAAGGAGAUUGUGGUGGGAUGUUGAAUGGGGGCAAGAAGUAUUUCUGUUGAAAUGAUGUCAGUCUCUUAAUCUGGAAAGGAAGUUGGCAUCUUUUGAGAUUCCCUUUCUACCAAUGUUUCUCAAACUGGAUUUUAAUUUUUGUUUAUUUAUGUUUCCUCUUCUUUCUAUGUAAAAGACAAUUAUUUCACUUGUUUGGACCAAGAGGUAGUAUGAACGACCUAUCACUAACCGUAGAUGGCUCCAACCAACUUAACAUUGGUUUCCCAUUUGCUUGAAGGAAUGUGAGAAUAAAUGUUUUAUGAUGUAUUUGCUAUUGAUUUCAGGUUAUUGCCAAAUAAUACAACUUCUCUUGAUCUGUUAGUAAAUUGUAAAUCUAAUUCAUACUUCAUGAACAGUGAGGUACACUGUGAUUUCUUUAAAAUAAUUUAAGGAUUUGGCUUACAUUUAUAUUUGCAUUCAUAUUCAAAAUAAAUGCAUUAUAAGAAGAUUUAGGAUGCCUGGAAUAAAUAAACUCAAUUUUGUUCAGUUUAUAAUAUGAGGUCAUAAUAAGUUGCACGCACAAAAUGGGCAGGCUUCAAAUGCUCAGUAACUUAAUAAUCAUUAAAAUAUUCUUCUUUCAGAAUUUGAUCUUCUAGUCACCAAGCUGUAUAGCUAGUCAAAUUAAAUUGUAUUUUAUAGUCUUCAUAUCUAUCUAAAUGAGCUUUUUCCAAGGCCCAUCAGGCUCAUUGUCCUACCUGUAUUAUAUUUAAUUUGAAAUGUAUCCAGGAACCUAUAAAUACAUACUGUUAAGAGCUGCACAAUGUGGAAUAAAACAGAAAGAUCAUUGAUAUGACUGCACCAUCUAGUGGUCACUAUACACAUUUUAUAACUUAGGAUAACUUUUGGCUAAUAAUACUACUUUUAUUCAGCUAAAAUAUUGAACGGCAAGUGUUUCAUACAGUUAAUUCUACAUUAUAUCUAGAAUAGCUUGGCUAUAAAAGGCAAAUAUGACAAUAAUAUGCAAUUCUGUACAUGCAUUAUGGACAUUGCAUUGGGCUGUUUUGUGCAAGUUAAUAGUGAAAGAUGUUACUCCUUUUGUAUAAAAAGAAAAAUCCACUUAGACUAUGGUGAGAAAAAAUCUUUGAUUUUUUUAAAAGAAAAGUCAUAUACUGGAUUUGUCGAUAUCAAGAUAUAAGCAAUUUCUUUUUAAAUUAUAAAUGGCUGUUUAUUUUAGCAUAUGUUUAAUUCAAUCAUUCUGUUUCAGUGAUUAUCUUCAUUGAUACAAAACCCAGUAGAAUCCAGGUACCCAAAGAUCAGUCAGUCAUUUUGGUAUAAGGAAAUAUUUUGCACUUUUUUCAGUUUUAAAUGCAUCAGUGAGGGAAGACACAAGAUAUAAUAAGCCCUGUCUCAUCAUCAGAAACUAUUAAGUGGUGCCAAAGGGAAGAAGAGGCCAUACAAGCAAUGAGUAGUUUCUUCCUGGCCAGAAUAGCAAUCAUAGCUUGAACCUGCCAAACAAUAUCCCUCCAGAAAUUCAGUUUGAUCUCUUUGCUUCCACAUUUCUGUUGGAGCAAUGGAAAAGUCUGAUCUUUUCUACAUCACAUUGACCUCAUCAAAAUGUUUAAAAAUUGUCAGUCCAAGUAUAUGCCAACAAAAAGUAGCUUCUUCAUUCCAAAAUGUGUAUACUUUUCUUUUCAAUACUAAACAAUAAAAAUGUGUAUAUGCUGUUAUGUGCUUUUUCUUAGGCAUGAUAGAAGAGCAUAAUGAAAUAAUGUGUUCACUCCAGUUGAGUGGUAUUUCAUAAAGUUAAUUUUAUCUUUCAAAAUCAAUGAAUAAGUUAACCUAUAGGCUCCUUAGAAUAUUUUUUCUGAAAGUUGAUAGUAUAGAUUGCACAAAUGUAUUUACUUCUAGACCUCUGGAUUGUUGUCCCAUAAUUCCUUAGUGUGAGAGAAUAGGUAAGAAAACUUAAUUUACUUGAAGAUGGAAACAAGGAGAGCUUGUAGCUCUCUCAAUUAGAUAGUCUAUUUAGCUGCUUAUAUUUAAAAUGUUCAAUAAUAAGUGUCCCAAAAUUAAUUGACAUAUACAGUACUUUAUUAUAACAUCAUUUCCCCUAGCUACAAGUUUUGUUCUGUGUGCAAGACACUAGCUUUCUCACUUUCAUUAGAUCUUUUAUUAAAUAAUAAAACCUUGUGGCAUUUCAUAAAGUUAAUUUUAUCUUUGAAAAGCCAAUGAACAAGUUAACCUAUAGUUCCUUAGGACAUUUCUUUUUUGAAAGUUGAUAGUAUAAAUUGCACAAAUGUAUUUAUUAUUAAGAAAUAUAGCUCUAUUUAAUUUCAAUAAAAAAUAAAAUAUAAAACUACAAUCCCUAUAUACAAGUCACUUACUAUUUAGCAUUUUUCUUCAGACAAACGUGUGGAUUUUUCUUAGGGAGCAAGGGUCCUCUAAGUCAUCUAAAAGAAGAGGCAGCGGCAAUGUGACUCAUCUGCUCUUAUUCCUGUGUUGUGGUAUCUUUUUCAAUAGAUCUGCUGAAAUUCCAGUUUAAGACUGAUAUAUCUAUCCUUCCCCCCUAUUUCUGGAAUUCCCUUUUGCCUGAUCAAGUCUCUUUAUGUGACCCACUUGAUUAGGAAAUGUUUAUUAUGUAUAGCCCACUUCAAAAUAAGAUUUGUUUUGGUGUCACUUUAAUUUUAUAGCACCAAUUUUAACAGCUAAUGGGAAACCAAUUAUUUAAACAAACUAUAAUCUGUUUAUGGAAAGCCAUUAUUGUGAAAGCUGCAGCAAGUGAAAUAAUAAUACAAAAUACAGCAGUGGCAUGACCUAUGUAAUCCUGGACUUUAUAUCUCCCUUUAUAGCUCUAAGAUUGUUAAUAGUUGUGUAAAGUUAAACAUUUAAAUAAAAUCUGGUAAUAACAAUGUAAAUAGUUACUGAGUACAAGCUGAGGAACAAGUGCUUAAUUUGGGAACUUUUUUUACAAAAAGAUACUAUGGCCUUUCUCUAAGCAAUGUCAAGAGCAUAAAUCAUAUAACCAGUCAUUCUUCUUGCAACUGGUGGUCUCAAAACAAAAAAUAAGGCACCCAAAGAAUAUUUGUUGUGGUGCAGGGAGCAUGUCUCCAUUCACAGAUAGUGCUUUGAUACAGCGUGUUGCUUUGGCCUCAAAAAUACUUCAGACAAGGCUGCAAAUUUUAGCUUGUGCCUCAACUCCAAGCUUUUGCAGUUUCUUCUAAUUGAUUGUAUUGGAUUAUAUUUUGAUUUUCUAUGUUGUUUUUAAGGUAG